AUGAUAGAUGAUUUGAGGUUCGUUUUAACAAAGAAAUGUCCUUUAGUUUCUAGCUUGACAACAAACCGAAAUGUACGGGAUGCGUAUGAUAAGUGGGUUAAGGCUAACGAAAAAGACCAAGCCUACAUUUUAGCAAGCAUUUUAGAUGUUUUGACUAAAAAGCAGGAGAAUAUGGUCACUGCCAAGGAGAUCAUGGAGUCAUUGCAAGCGAUGUUCGAACAACUGUCCAAAUCUAUAAGGCAUGAAACUCUCAAAUACAUUUAUAACUGCCACAUGAAAGAAUGGGUCUCUAUUAGAGAACAUGUCUUGGAUAUGAUGGUCGACAUUAAUGUGGCACAAGCAAAUGGGAUUGUCAUAGACGAGAAGAGCCAAGUCAGUUUCAUCAUGGAAUCUCUUCAGAAGAUUUUUCUACAGAACUAA